AAAACUGACGAUUACAGCUGAUCGAGAGAGGUUCUACGAUUGGCAAACGCAACACAAGCGCAAGAGAAAGCGAGAGAUGAGCUCACCAUUUGUAUGUAUGUAGUGUGAGACAGAAAGGUAAAACUUCGAAUGCUCGUCACCGGGGCAGAAGAAGGGUUGUAUCGUAUUUCGGAGAUAGCUGUCGAUUUCGGUGGCUGAGGGUGAUAGCUGGUGGACAGAAUGGCGGGACUCGAGGGGUACGAAAGACAUUACGGAACUCGUCAGAUCGAGCCGUGGGAGGUCGGUGCUGCGUUCCCGAGCAAAUAUCACGGGCGGGAGGUUAUACGUCCCCUAGACGUCCCCGUGGUUCACCCCCUCGCAGAAGACAGUCCGCCCCCAGAAGACGAUCUGACCGUAAAAAGAUACGUCGGAUUGGGCUGCGGUCUUGCAAGCCUGAUUACAGAGAAUCUACUGAUACACCCCUUCAUUGUACUUCGAAGACAGUGCCAAGUGAACCCUAGCGCUAUCAAGUACCAUUUAGUUCCGAUAACUUUGGUGCCUGUCAUCAUACGGCUCCAUCAAACCCAGGGCUUGAACACUCUCUGGAAAGGAAUUGGCUCCGCACUUCUUGUUAGGGGUUUGACUCUCGCUGUCGAAGACCUCGUGUCUAAAAUCACACCCUGGCCCAAGGAGAUUACUUGCAAUAGUUCUUUGAGGUCUUUUGGACAGCAUUUACUCCUCAAGUGUGUGUCGAUUGGGAUAGUAACACCGUUCUACUCUGCGUCAUUAGUAGAAACAGUUCAAUCAGAAAUUGCUUCCGAACGUCCAGGAAUCUUGGAUGUAUUCAGAGACGGAGCUAUCAGGCUACUUGAAGUAGGAAAUAAAGGAAGAUUGAUUCCAAUUUAUGCUCUUUUACCACCAACGAUUGCCUAUGGAGUGACGAAGUACCUUUUCACUCUAAUUGUGAGAGGAGUCACCAGCCGAAUAAUGCACGUUAGACACAAGCAUAGUCAACAACUGAGGGGUGCUUACAGCAGAGAUUUGGUCUCUGAAUCAGUGGUUCAAGACAUAGAACUUCACUCUAUACUCGUAUCUAUGUGUGCAGCUGACAUAAUUUUUUACCCUCUGGAGACGGUGAUUCACCGAUUACACUUGCAGGGCACAAGAACUAUAAUAGAUAACCUUGAUACGGGACGAAGCGUUACACCGUUGCUGACAGGAUAUAGUGGAGCCAUUGACUGUUAUCGAACGAUUAUAUCUACAGAGGGUCCUUUCGGAUUGUACAAAGGGUUCGGUGCACUGAUCCUGCAAUUCGCAGCUCAUGUAUUAGUUAUACGAGCAACUAAAUGGAUACUCACCGAAUUGACUGGGGUAAUGAGGCCAAAAGUAAAACCCAUAAAACCACCACCACUCAAUUACUACAACGAUAUGUGAGCCGGAUAUUUUUCUUUGAGAUUUUGAACAAGUUUAUAGUAAUAUAACUUUGUAUGAAACAUUUUACUAGUAAGAAUUUUUCUCCCGUUGUUAUUUAUUUAUUUUAUUUUACUUUGCAACGACUAAAAUUGUUAGCAAGGAUCAUAUUACGUUUGUAAUCGUUCAUAAGUUGUCGGUUGAAUUAAUUAUCAACGAUUACCAACGAGUAUACCGUAUACCACGUACUAACAAAUAAGUUAGUUCCUUCGAGUCAAGUGAUAAUGACGUAAACAUAUUAUGUGCAUGUAGAUAUACAUUGACAUGUGAGUGUGGCGCGUGGUUAUCAAUUAUUCAAAAAUCCUAUUUAUUAAAAACCCUACGACAUAUAAUUGUAUACAAUGAUCGAUUUGAUAAAUAACUAUGAAUUUUUCAUCGAAUGUAUGAAACGUGAUUUAUUUUGAAAUUUAAUCAGAGGUUCAUUUUUUUUAUCACUGGAUAACCAGCCGGGAAGAAAUCAUUCUAUCGCAGUUUUCUGUAAAAAUUAGUUGAACGCUUGCGCUAGAACUACAACUCCAGACAUCGAAGUGACUCAAAUCGUGUCUAUUCAGUAAAUCGUAGGCUGUAUUUUAAAGUUUGUAGUGGACACACAAGUAAAUUAUUCUGGCAACUUUGUCUCUUACAUAUCUAUUAAAAUACUCUUGGCCAAGGUUAAUAGAUUAUGUAGAUUCUUUGAAAUAGGAAAGUGUUUAGGCUAGUAAUAUAUUGAAACCGCGGAAAUAUUCUGUUAAUAAUUAAAUCGUCCAUAAAUCGAUAGAUUGCUGGUUGUAGGGACUUGAAUAUUUUACAACGGUUUUGUAAAUAUUUCGAAAUAACGUGUAUAGAAUUUUAUCGUAGCUAGGUCGUGAUUACGCGUAGAGCAACAUUUAGUCGUCGUGAUUACAAAGUAGAAAGUGCAUAUGCGGAAUAAUUAUAGCAUAAUUAAAAAUCUAUCACAUAAAAUAAAACGUUGAUGAUAAAUACUUA